UGUGAUCUCACCCUCUCCAGUCGCCCCUCCUCAGUGCCAACUAUGAGUUCCUGCAACUUCACACAUGCCACAUUUGUGCUUAUUGGUAUCCCAGGACUAGAGGAAGCCCAUUUCUGGAUUGGCUUCCCCGUGCUUUCAAUGUAUGCUGUGGCAGUGUUUGGAAACUGCAUCGUGGUCUUCAUUGUAAGAACGGAGCGCAGCCUACAUGCACCCAUGUACCUCUUUCUCUGUAUGCUGGCAGCCAUUGACCUGGCCUUGUCCACAUCCACCAUGCCCAAGAUCCUUGCCCUCUUCUGGUUUGACUCCCGGGAGAUUACCGUUGAUGCCUGCAUUGCUCAGAUGUUCUUCAUUCAUGCCCUCUCAGCCAUUGAAUCCACCAUCCUGCUGGCCAUGGCCUUCGAUCGUUAUGUGGCCAUCUGCCACCCAUUGCGUCAUGCUGCGGUGCUCAACAACACAGUAACAGCACAGAUUGGCAUGGUGGCUGUGGUCCGUGGAUCCCUUGUCUUUUUCCCCCUGCCUCUGCUCAUCAAGCGGCUGGCCUUCUGCCACUCCAACGUGCUCUCACACUCCUAUUGUGUGCACCAGGAUGUGAUGAAGCUGGCCUACACGGACACAUUGCCCAAUGUGGUCUAUGGUCUUACUGCCAUUCUGCUGGUCAUGGGUAUGGAUGUCAUGUUCAUCUCCUUGUCUUAUUUUCUGAUUAUACGAACAGUUCUGCAACUGCCUUCCAAGUUGGAGCGGGCCAAAGCCUUUGGGACCUGUGUGUCACACAUUGGUGUGGUGCUGGCCUUCUAUGUGCCACUCAUUGGCCUCUCAGUGGUACACCGCUUUGGAAACAGCCUUGAUCCCAUUGUGCGCAUCCUCAUGGGAGAUAUCUACCUGCUGCUGCCUCCUGUGAUCAAUCCCAUCAUCUACGGAGCCAAGACCAAACAGAUCAGAACACGUGUGCUGGCUAUGUUCAAGAUCAGCUGUGACAAGAACCUUCAGACGGUGGAACGCAGGUGA